AUGAAUCCCACUUUACACUCCAGUCCUCCACCUACCCAAAUAACCUACACUGAGCAUCCUGUUGAACUCAAAGAAUGCAGAGAAUACCUUGAGAGACUAGGCAUGUCGCCGGACGAAGCUGAGACUCUGCUGUCAUCUAAUCGGCGGGAAUCUUGCUAUGUCGACAACCCGCAUUUUGUCAACAUCAUGGAACAGCUCAUUAGGACCGGAAAGUACGGAGAAAUGAGCAACUAUGAUAUUAACGCAUUGAAAAUUGAAUGGCAGAAGAGAAACGAGGGGUUGGAAGCGCAGUUCAAUGAUGUUCAGACAAAAUUUCUUCUGAAUUCUAUUGACUACUUAUCAACCAAAAAUAAUGAAGAUGCUGUCACAUAUAUGAUGAGAUUUAUUCGAAGUGGAGCAAACAAUUAUCGCAUUAAAUUUGUUACAUAUGUGCUUCCCAUACUAUUGAGCAAUCCUCCUACUCCGAUCCCUACUCAUCAACAUCCAACCGCCGAAGACCCGCGUACUACUCAAACGCCCAACAAUUCUAAGAAACGUGCUCCGAAAUCCAAAGCCCAACCAGCGAAUGUCAAUCUACGAAGGAGUACGCGCAUUAAGCGCCUGCAAGAAAAUUCGAAGAAGCCUGCAUCACCCCUGCCGACCCGCCGUCAGAACAAAAAGGGGAAACAAGUGAAAGAGGGGAGACAAGUUCAUCGGAGAUUAUGA